GCAAUGCCAGCCGAACGUUCGAACGCAGGACUGUCAACCUCAACAACAACAACAUUGAAGAAACAUCACGUACAGGUCCUUUUCCUCAGACUUUUUAGGGACUUCACAGUAUGGACACAGACGAUGAUGUCUCAGCCCUGGAGGAGGAGGAGGUGGGGAUAUGGGACCCAUCACCUGCACCUUCUCUGGGCCUCAGGCAGUCCCCUUCUUCAUCUCCUGACUCUGACACCUCUCUGGAGAUCUCCUCAGAUGAAGAAGAGAAUUCAUCUCCAACUAUAGGCUCAGAGACUUCACCAUUUGCCGUCCAAGAAUGCAAGGAAGAGUACAAAAAUGUUGUAAGAUAUGUUAUUCAGUCAGCUCGGACACACACCACAGAGAAGGAAAAAUAUGUGCUGUAUUGUGUGGAGGUCAGGAGAUUCACCGUUUUGAAGAAGGCCUUGCCCCCUGCAGACACAAUGGGCUAUUCUAACCAUAAAACUCGCCACAAAAAGUAUGCAUCAUUUGAACGCCGCUACUCCGAGUUCCAUGCUGUCUAUAAUGCCUUGAUGGAAAGUCACAGGUCUUUAAUGGAGGAGUUUGAUGGAUUCCCUAAAAAGGUCAUAAUAGGAAACUUCAGUCAGGAAGUAAUUGCUGAGCGCUGUAAAGGUCUUGCACGAUUCAUGAAUUUUGUCCAUGAACAAGAGGUAUUGAGACGUACUGCUGUGUUCACCAAAUUUCUGCAUGAAUCAGAAGUGAAGAUCAGUGAUCAUUAUUUACUUUUAUCUCAGUUUGAGGAAGCAUGCCCUGUGAUAGAGAAUACCUUCCUUUUGUUUUAUAUCCUCCACUGGGACACAGGCUCCCUCAUCUGUAAACUUUGCCAGUUGAUUGUGUGUUUUCAUGCCCUUGGCAAUUAUGAAAAAUCAUAUAAGUAUGCACAGAUAGCUCUCAGGAAAUUUGAGAUGCUAGGAACCAACAAGAUAUGUAAUGAUCUUUAUAUGCCACUCCUCUGCUUCUGUAAUAGUCUGUGGAGGGCUUUAGGGAAAGACAGGACGACCAUAAAAACCAAAAUCGAACAGGAACGUAAGGAACGGAAGGAAGAGGGAGUACCUAACUUGCUUGAUAUUCUGAGAGAUGAGAUAACUGUGAGAUACCUUCAUUGAUGCAUGGGGCUUCUUUGGAGAUUAUCAAUGUUAGGGAUGAACCAAUCAGAGUAAAGAUAACUCUUCGUAACAAUUUGUAGAUUUUAUAAGAAAUAGCAUAUGCCAGAGUUUCAUAAAGGAUAUGAAUUGUUGGGAGUGGAAGAUUUUGUAUUUAGUAUGUGAUGUGAAAAAAAAAGAGGGAAAAGUUUUAACAUACUAUCAUUCUUUUAUAACAACACUGCUGAUGUGACUGAUUGACAAUGUUAUUUUCAAAUUUUGCUUAUCCAUUAUCAAUCAUUCUGUGUUAGAGUAUCAUAAAUGGAAAUAUAAAGACAAGUGCAAAGUGUGGUCUUAUGAUGUGUUAAUGUUUUAUCUUUUAUUACAUUAAUAUCAAUACAUCACUGACAGUGGCAUUGAUUUGGAUUAUUUAGUUUGCAGAAUAAUUGAAUGAUGCUCCUUUGACCCCAGAUUUUGCACUUAGUGGAGCUCUAAAGCAUCAUAGACAAUUACUGUCACUUAGAAGACCCAAGUAAGGAUAGAUGUGAGCAAAAUAGGGUAGGAAUUGCACAAAACCAGUGGAGAUACAGUGUAAAAAAAAUUAAGGGAGCAUAUGCUACACAUGCUACUUAAUUUGGCCACCCUGCAAACUAAUCUUGCAGUUCUGGGAAAGUCAAGUAUACACUCAUGAUUCUGUUUGGAUUAAGGGGCCCUUCAGGUUUUUACUCAUUGUUUUACAAAAAAAUUAUUUUUGUACUAAGUCUACUUUUACAGUCAAGUAUCAAUGCCACGUGAGAAGUGGAACACCCCUUAGGAGAAAAAGAAAGAAAAAAGGUGUGGUAAAGACAAAAGCAAACUGAUUGAAGGGAGGAGCAAUGAGGUCAGUUUUGCAGGUUAGUUCAACUCCUAUGCAUUUACUGAUGCUCAGCUGAAUGCCUGUGGUAUGCUUCCCCCCAGAACAGCCAGUAUUCUAUCUUGUUGCUGUGGGCAGCCUGUUCACGAGCUGCCAGUUCUCCUGGGCCAAUACCCAAACAACACCAUUUCUUGGUUUGCAACUGGAGAACUGUACAUAUACCUUUAACAGCCCAUGUUUUUUAUCAUUGUUGUUAUUAUUCUUAUCAUUUAUAUACCAUCUUUUAACUCUUGGUAUGCUUUCCUCUGUAGCAGCUGUAUCUGGCUUGGUGCAGUGCUCAUUGCUCUUCCUGAAAGGGUUAUAUCGUACAGCUGUUUGUUUUAGCUUACAAUCCUUAUGUUCCAGGGGACUUAAAUAGCCAUUUUAUUGACAGGUUUCAAAACAAAUGGUUCAGUAAGAAUCAUUCAUAUGCAAAUUGAAAGCACUUGAAAAGUUCUCUAAACCAACCAAUUUUUUAAUUAAAAUGUUUUGAAUGUUUUCAGAAAAAGUAUGAAGAUAAAAAUCUAAUUAUCUGAAUUCCAAGAAAUGUCUAUGAGUCAAAGAAAAAACAGAAAUUUGAUGAUAAGAGAACAUUUAGGACAAAACUUGGUUUUAGUAUACAAAGCAUUAUUUUAAACUAAUUUGUACCAAGUUAGAAAACUGACUGACUUAUUUGCAAUUGUUGGAUAUUGAUGUAUAAUUCUCAUUGUCCUCUAUAUAUGUGCCAAAUACUGAAAUUAAUGAAAUCCACAGAACCAUUUUAGAAUAAAAACAAGUAUCCUUUUUUGAGAGGUGC